AUGACAAGCGUCGAGGCUGGUCAGAUUGGCCAUGCUUUGGUGGAGUUCUCGUUGUAUGGCACGUUCCCCGAAGAGGACAUAUCCUCCCAGCAGGUUGCAGGCCGCGAUCUCGGCCCAGCUCUCGAAUCCUUAGAUGCGGCCCGAACAAAGCUCGAGGCAGAAGUACACCAAAUCAACCAAGAGACGGCCGACGAUGUGAACCAAUGGGUUGCCACCGCGAAGUCCCUCGAAGACGACAUCAACAAGACAAGGAGUUGGGCCAACGAGAUCGUGCGGAGGUCCGAGGCUCCAGACGUAUCGGGCAAGACAAUACAGGAGGCCGAAGAUAAGGUCAAUUUCCUGCGUCGCGAGGCCACCUACAACCAACAAGUUCACCAUGCAAUGACGAGCAUCAAACACGUAAAUGAGCUUCUGGACCAGGUAGAACAAGCACGUGACGAGAGACGUAUAUUGGACUCACUUCAUCUACUUGAGGAGUCUUGGGCUGCGCUUGACGGCAUACCUGUUAGCAAGUCCUGCCGUGUUAUGAAACUCCUCGAUAUUCGGGCCUUCGAGCUGAAAUCGGCUGUGCAUGAUGUAUUCGACCAUAUUUGGAACUCGCUUGUGCAGAUAGACACAGAGGCUGGCAAGGUUACUGUGUUUGAGGGUAGAGAAGAUGAACAGAUGAACCUCGCUGAAGCCGUCAUUGGAUUGAAAGCCUACAAAGAGGUUGACCAGAGAAUGGCCUUGCUCUGGCACAGUGUUGAUCAGGCACUGGUUGGUCCACGUACGAAGCUCGAGAGCCAGGAAAUGCCAGGCGUCAAGGUCGAAGGUUCGACUUUGAACCUAAGCGGAAAAGCAGACAAAACCGUAGUCUCUCUAUUCUCCGACUUGGAACAUAUCAUGACGUAUCUAUCAGAGCGUUUGCCGCCAGAGCUCGUCCAUUCUCUAUCAAACGUGAUGAUGCCUAAUCUCAUUCCCCGGAUUAUUAGCCUAUGGUUAGACUCUGCCGUUCCAGCUACCUUGAAAGAGAUGAACGAAUUUCAAGAUAUCGUCGAUGCUACCAGAAGCUUCUGUAACGCAUUGGGAAAUCUGCAGUUUUCCGGACACGAAGAGCUACAAGAGUGGGUUGACAAUGUACCGCGAGUCUGGCUCGCCAAAUGUAGGGAGACGGCCUUGGACUCAGUUCGCCUCCAACUUGGACAAGGUCUUGGAGUUGCCAAGGAGAUAGAACGUGUCGAGACACAGACAGUUUCUCAAUCUGAGGGCCGAGAGCUGGCUGCUAACGGUGCAACACCAUCUGGGGAUGACGAUGACUGGGGUGCAGCAUGGUCCGACGGGGGUGCGGACGCUGGUGUUGAUACGCAAGCAGAUCACCACAUGACUGAAGAUGAUGGCGCCGAUGCUUGGGGUUGGGGCGGAGAGGACGACACAACUACGCAACCGAACAUGCCAAAGGACGAGCCUGUAGCCGAAGAGCAGGAUCCUACUGAAGCAUGGGGAUGGGGAGAGGAGGAAACCGCAGAGACGGCUCACGAGAAGCGAGCACCGAACGCGAAGGCGCCGAUGCCAAAAACACAAACACGUGAGGUAACACUCAAAGAAACAUACAACAUUUCCUCAAUGCCGGAACCUGUACUCGCGCUCAUCUCGACUAUUCUGGAGGAUGGAGCAUCUUUAGUUGGGAGCGAUGGUAAUCCGAUGGCUGCAGCUGCAGCAGGCCUCUUCUCCCUCCCAACACUGGUUCUUGCCAUGUUUCGUGCUGUAUCGACGUACUAUUAUGCUUUAGAAGAUGGCGGAAACAUGUUCCUUUACAACGACGCAACGUACCUUGCUGAACAACUGGCUGAGCUCGCGAGCAAAUGGAAGGCUCGAGAUGAUCUCGCGCCGCGAGCAAUUGCCAUGCUCCGUCUUGACAAUGACAUCAAAACGCUGCAUUCAUUUGCGGCUCGAGCAUACGCAUCCGAGAUGUCCACUCGGCGUACUGUUUUACGUGACCUGCUCAGUGGAUCACAGAACCUACUCCAGCAAGACGACCUAGAUUCCUCGGACCUGGAAGCACAAGUUGAUAACGCCACUGGACACGUCCGAGCUCUAGCUGCCACGUGGUCCAAGAUUCUCUCCAAGUCCGCCUGGAGCCAAGCCGUAGGCUCACUGGUCGACACAGUUGCAUCCAAGCUCGUAACCGACGUGAUGGAUCUGCCGGGCAUCGGACAAGACGAGGCUUACAACAUCGCCAACCUUAUCGCGCGGCUUACGAAGCUCGAUGAUCUGUUUCUCCCUCCGGGCGCGGGCGAGGACGCCAUGGCGGCCACAGCCGAAUACGCCAGCAGUUGGCUGCGCCUCAAGUAUCUGAGCUUAUUCCUGCAAAGCAACCUGCCGGAUGUGAGAUAUCUUUGGGUCGAAAGCGAGCUCAGCCUGUACUUCACCGUCGACGAGGUGGUCGAGCUGAUCGGGCUGAGCUUUGUGGAUAAUGCGCGCACGAGGGAGGUCGUUCGCGAGAUUGAGGGCAAGCCGCACCCUCUGGGCCAGUGA